AUGGAAGAUACAGUACAAGGAUUCUUUAGAGGGAGCAUUGAAAGGGCGAUCAACAUUAUUAGUACCCUAAUAAAUCUGGUCUUGAUGAAGAAUUGCGAUUCUGUCGACGAAAACAGGAUUGGUCUCAUGGUCGAAGAACGCUCGACAAUGGAUUGUGGGACACAGGUUGACUUAGAGUUGACUUCAGUCAACGUACCCAUGAUGACUGACGACUAUCGAAAACCAGAAAAGGCAGAUAAGUACAGUGCCCAAGAGUCACGGGACGAUGGUCUCAACGGAGACUUGAUGCUUUCACCCCCAGAGCCCACUCUCGCGAGGAGCGAUCCUGUCGUUGUUGCUACACAAGAUAAGCAAGGUAAUCAUCGUUACGGGUUGGUCAUCAACGAAGACAUCAUUGAAUCAUACAAUAAUAUUUCUGGAAGAGAUACGAAAGCCCAGAAGAUAAAACUAGACUUUCGCAAGAUCGAAAAAGCCAAGAAUAGGCUGAGGCAAAAGGCUGAGAGAACAGGGGGAAUUGCAGAUGAAGAAGCUCGUAACGAAGAAACUGUAAACCACGAAAGCCAACUUGGUGACCUUGACGAGAAGAUCAGAGAUUGCGAGACAAGCAUCGAAUCUUUGCAAAGGAGCAUGGAUUUCGAGAAGAACUGGAUCAUUGAAUUGGUCGAAAACGCACUGAUCGAAGCAGAGCUACUGAAAAAACAAGGAUGCCGACAGACCGACGCUACCUCCGAGCUCACGGACGACGAGGACGCGAAAGAAGCUGAAAGCGGCGAUGAUUCAUGCAGAGAAGCCAUCGAAGAACCAUCCCAGCCUCAAGUCAGCGAGGAGCAAAGGGCCCAAGACGCAGCUCGAGAUGCAGCCCGUGAGGGUUACAUCCAUUUCAAAGAUGCUUACAUUUGUGCCCAGUACAGUUUCAAUUUCAAGGAAGACAGCCACGAGCAAAAUCGAGUGGAGUACGAAGCAGCGGUCGAAGCGGGAGAGCCGGCCGAGUCGCAGACGGUUUUUGAUCAAAACGUCCUCAUCGCCAAUCAGGACUUAACUCGAGGUCUCAUCGAUGCCGAAUCCAAUUUCUUCAUUGCGGAGGAGCAAGCUGUACAGGCUGGUGUUCUUUUUGAGCUUGAACAGGAGUCUGAUUACGGUUAUGGCGAGGACAUUGCCGACGUCGAAGAAAAAGACCUGGUCAUCAUACCACUCAGUGCAGCCAAGAGCAAUAGCAUCUCAGCCUGGAUCGAGUCGAUUUUCGAGCCUGAAGUGGUCGAGGCUGAAGAAAUGAUUUAUGUGGAUGACUGGGAAAGCAAAACGGUUCAAGUUUCGGAUAGCUUGAGCGUUGUUGACGAUGAACCGAGGCUCCGGCGAAAGAUCGAUCAAUGGGCAAGAAUGGGAGAGCUCAAGCGGAGAGACUUCGAAUUUGCCGCUGAAGACGUGUGGGCUACGCCGGAGAGGCCUCUUAAGCGGCGGAGGACCUGUAGCUCAUAG